AUGGGCAACAUGGUAACGGAGAUCGUUGCCUUUCUUCUAACCAUGUCUGGGUGGAUCUUGGUAUCAUCCACAGUGCCCACGGACUACUGGAAGGUGUCGUCCGUGGAUGGGACGGUUAUCACGACAGCAACGUUCUGGUCUAAUCUGUGGAAAACGUGUGUGACUGAUUCCAGGGGGUUGUCCAACUGCAAAGACUUCCCCUCGAUGCUGGCUCUGGACGUGUAUAUCCAGGUGUGUCGGGGUUUGAUGAUCGCUGCCGUGUGCCUGGAUUUCUUCGGUGCCACUUUGGCAUUGCUGGAAAUGAAGCGCACAAAAAUAGGGGGCUCGGACACCACCAAGGCUCGUCUGACCGUUCUGUCGGGCCUCCACUUUGUUCUCAGUGGGAUCUGCUGCAUGACUGCAUGUUCCAUAUAUGCUCGUAGGAUCAUAACAGACUUCUUCGACCCUAUGUUCGUUGCACAGAAGUUUGAACUGGGGGCGGCUCUCUUCGUCGGCUGGUCUGGAUCCGUGCUUUGUAUUUUAGGUGGCCUUCUAUUGUGCCUCUCCCUUUCUGAAAGCUUCAGCUUAAGAGGCAAAUACUUGUACACAGGAGCACCGUCAUUCGGGACGACACACAACAAGAGGGCAAACAGUCUGCAAAUGGAGCCACGAGAGCCGAGGAAACACAUAAGAAACGCUUAUGUGUGA